AUGGAGGUACAGACAUUGGUUACCGUUCUCCUAUUUUCUUAUAUCGCGUUCAAAUUAUACGAUUACCUUCGUCGUUUACAAGCCAUCCCGGGUAUUUCAGCUCGAUGCGUUCUCGUCACUGGAGCUGACAGUGGCUUCGGUUACCAGCUCGCUCAGCGUCUGGAUAAAACGGGCUUUUUCGUCAUAGCAACGUGUUUAACGGAGAAAGGAGCAGAAGACCUAAAACGUGGAACGUCUGGUUGCUUACGGACAGUGUUGAUGGACGUGACUAACAGUGAGAGCAUUAAGCAGUGUUUCGAGGAAGUUCGGAGCUCCAUUGUACAAUUUAUUUCAGGACUAUGGGGUCUUGUAAACAAUGCCGGUGUAAUGGGUACUGUUGGGAUGUAUGAAUGGCUCAGUCGGGCAGAAUACCAGCAAUGCCUGGAUGUCAACAUAGUCGGACUUAUUGAAGUCACUACGACAUUCUUACCUUUGAUCAAGAAAAGUCGUGGUAGAAUUGUUAAUGUUUCUAGUGUGUUGGGGAGGAUCUCCCUACCCGGAGGACCGUACUCUAUCUCAAAGCACGCAGUCGAGUCAUUCUCCGAUGGAUUGAGACUAACAAUGCGCGCAUACCAAGUGAAUGUGUCCAUUAUAGAACCUGGCUACUUUGCUACGAAUAUGUUAAGGGCUGACACACUUACGCAGGCAUUGGAAGAAAAGUGGGGGCGACAAAGUCACGAGGUUAAGGAAUCUUAUGGAGAAGAAUGGUUUGCUAAACUAAAAGACUCUACCAUGAAACUAAUUGAAACCAAAUCAGAGAAAACUCACCUUGUAGUGGACGCCAUGGAACAUGCGCUGACGUCAAUCAGACCAAGAUGUCGGUAUGUGGUUGGAUACGACGCUAAGUUACUCUGGAUACCGUUGUCAUACCUACCAGCAGAAAUCACAGACUUUGUCUUAAGUUUAGGAAUGCCCAAGCCAAAAUGCUGCCAAGACCUUUAG